AUGUCUCAGUUCACAGAUAUCGACAGACUUGCUAUUUCCACAAUUAGACUACUUUCGGUCGACCAAGUGGCCAAGGCCAACUCUGGUCACCCAGGUGCUCCAUUGGGCUUGGCUCCUGCCGCUCACGUCAUCUGGAAACAGAUGAAGUUGAACCCAGAGCACCCUGAGUGGAUCAACCGCGACCGUUUCGUGCUUUCCAACGGACACGCGUGUGCAUUGUUGUACUCGAUGUUGCAUCUGUCCGGUUUCGACUUCAAGAUCGAGGACCUCAAACAGUUCCGUCAAUUGGGCUCCAAGUGUCCAGGUCACCCAGAAUAUGAGCUUCCAGGUGUCGAAGUUACCACGGGUCCUCUAGGCCAAGGUAUCUCUAACGCUGUGGGUCUAGCUAUUGCUCAGGCCAACUUUGCUGCUACUUACAACAAACCUGAAUACGUCCUCAGCGACUCGUACACUUUCGCCUUUGUCGGUGACGGGUGUCUGCAAGAAGGUGUUGCCAGCGAAGCCAGCUCUUUGGCCGGUCACCUAAAACUAGGUAACUUGAUUGCCAUCUACGACGACAACCAGAUCACCAUCGACGGUAACACCAACGUCUCCUUCACUGAAGACGUUCCAAAGCGUUACGAAGCUUACGGAUGGGAAGUUCUAUAUGUCGAGAACGGUAACGACGAUCUAGACAGCAUUGCCGCCUGCAUCGCCCAGGCCAAGCAAUCCAAGGACAAGCCAACCUUGAUCAAGAUGACCACCACCAUCGGUUUCGGCUCCCUACAAGCUGGUAGCCACUCCGUCCACGGCUCUCCAUUGAAGCCAGACGAUGUCAAACAGCUAAAGACCAACAUGGGCUUCGACCCUGAACAAUCGUUCGUCGUUCCUCAAGAGGUUUACGACUUUUACAACAGCGACAUCAUCCAGCCAGGUAUCAAACAGUUCAACGAAUGGAACAAACUGCUAGAGAACUACGGCACCAAAUACCCAGAACUUGCAUCUGAAAUCUCCAGAAGAAUCGCCGGUGAAUUGCCUCAGGACUGGGAAAAGGCUUUGCCUCUUUUCACUCCAAAGGACUCUCCAGUGGCCACCAGAAAGUUGUCCGAAAUUGUUUUGCAGAACAUUCAAGGCACUUUGCCAGAAAUGAUCGGUGGUUCUGCCGAUUUGACCGGAUCCAACUUGACCAGAUGGAAGGAGGCCGUCGACUUCCAGCACCCAUCUACCGGUUUGGGUGACUACGCCGGAAGAUACAUCAGAUACGGUGUUAGAGAACACGGUAUGUCUGCCAUCAUGAACGGUAUCUCCGCAUUUGGCGCCAACUACAAGGCCUACGGUGGUACUUUCCUAAACUUCGUUUCUUACGCCGCUGGUGCCGUUAGACUUUCCGCCUUGUCCGGCCACCCUGUCAUUUGGGUCGCCACUCACGACUCCAUCGGUCUAGGUGAAGACGGUCCAACCCAUCAACCUAUCGAGACUUUGGCUCACUUCAGAGCUUUGCCAAACAUGCAAGUCUGGAGACCAGCUGACGGUAACGAAGUGUCUGCUGCCUACAAGGUUUCCCUAACCUCCAAGCACACUCCUUCCAUCAUUGCCUUGUCCAGACAGAACUUGCCUCAUUUGGAAGGUUCCAGUCUAGAAAAGGCCUCCAAGGGUGGUUACGUUUUGCAAGAUGUUGAAAACGCCGACAUCACUUUGGUCUCGACUGGUUCUGAAGUUUCCAUCACCGUCGAUGCUGCUAAGAAAUUGGCUGAGAAGAACAUCAAGGCUCGUAUUGUUUCCUUGCCUGACUUUUACACCUUUGACCAACAAUCCGAGGAAUACCAAUUGUCUGUCUUCCCAGACGACAUCCCUAUCCUAUCUAUCGAAGUCUUGUCUACUUCUGGCUGGUCCAAGUAUGCCCACGAAUCCUUCGGUCUAGACAGAUUCGGUGCCUCCGGUCCCGCUCCUGAGAUUUACAAGACCUUUGAGUUCACCCCAGAAGGAAUUUCUACUAGAGCCGAAAAGACUAUUGCUUUCUACAAGAACAAGCAAGUCAUCUCUCCCUUGCACAAGCCUUUCUAA